UGUUGCUUUGAACGCCGAUCCAGAACAGUGAAGUGACGAUAACAGAAAAACAGAAAUUCACAAAACACUGACAAUACGGCCCGAAGAGCAGCGUUUAUACCUAAGUUACUCGCCGCACACUGAUAAGCCGUGUCCCCUGCUGCUCUUUUGAAAUCGGAGGUUGAUAUUUUUGGGGUAUUUUACAUGAGUCGUUAGCUUCUCCCUGCAAUGGCCUCCGACAGCAACAUGGACAGAGAAAUGAUCCUGGCCGACUUUCAGGCAUGUACUGGUAUUGACAAUAUUGCAGAGGCGAUCACACUUCUAGAACUGAACAACUGGGACUUGGUGGCAGCCAUCAAUGGAGUGAUACCACAAGAAAAUGGGAUCUUGCAAAGUAAUUUUACCAGUGAAGCGUCUCAGACUGGCCCCUACGGGCCCCACAGUGAACCAGAAGCCACAGCACCUACGCCUUCGGUCCCUCCUUCAUCAGCAUCAUCAGUUUCCUCACCCCCGUCCUCCUCCAGCCCUGCCUUCUGCCCCGUCUUGCCCUCUCGGCACAUCGUGGAGCGGCAGCCGCGGAUGCUCAACUUUCACGUAGAGUACAGGCAGCGCUCCGUAGAGGUGGUACUGGAUGAAGGCAGCACAGUCGGUGAAAUUAAACAGGUUUUAGAGACUGAGCUACAGGUGCCUGUGUCUAAAAUGCAGUUAAAAGGCUGGAAGAGUGGAGACGUGUCUGAUAGUAUGGUUCUUAGGAGUUUACACCUGCCCAAGAACAACAGCCUGUAUGUGCUCACCCCUGAUAUUGCACCUUCAGCCAGCACCAGCCAGAGCAGCAGUGGCCAGCAAGGGUCGUCAAAUCAGAACUACCUGCUUGUCAUUAGCCACCGUGAAGCACAGAGAGAUUACAGCCUCAACUUCCCCGCCAGCAAAACUAUCCAGGAGGUGAAGAGGAACGUUUCAGACCUGACAAACAUCCCUGUGCGGCAUCAACAGUGGGAUGGCUGGCCUGCCUCCGCUUCUGAUGACUUGAUGACUCUUGCCGUCAGUGGAAUCAGUUACCCCUGCCAUCAUCUGAGUGUGUGUAGAAGAUCUUCCCCAGCUCUCACACUGGACCAAACAGACGAGUGCACAGAUGUCCACAUGGUCAGUGACAGCGAAGGGGAUGAUUUUGAGGAUGCACCUGAAUUUGGUGUAGAUGAAUCUGAGAUCUUUGGCAUGGGAAGCUCAAGUUGUCGAAAGUCUCCAAUGAUGCCAGAGAACAGUGAAAAUGAGGGCGAUGCCUUACUGCACUUUACUGCUGAAUUUUCUAGAAGAUAUGGUGAGUGUCAUCCAGUGUUCUACAUUGGCACCUUGGAAGCGGCGUCUCAAGAGGCCUUCUAUGGCAAAGCCAGAGACAGAAAACUGCUGGCCAUCUACCUCCACAAUGAUGAGAGUGUCCUCAGUAACGUGUUCUGCUCCCAGAUGAUGUGUGCAGACUCCAUAGUGUCAUAUCUCAGCCAGAACUUCAUCACAUGGGCUUGGGAUGUUACUAAAGAAGCUAAUAAAGCCAGACUACUCACAAUGUGCACAAGGCACUUUGGCAGCGUUGUAGCCCAGACCAUUCGGACGUACAAGACUGACCAGUUCCCAUUACUUUUAAUUGUCAUGGGCAAACGGACAUCAAAUGAAGUUUUAAAUGUCAUUCAAGGCAACACAGCAGUGGAUGAGCUCAUGAUGAGACUCAUGGGGGCCAUGGAAAUCUUCACCGCACAGCAGCAAGAAGACAUCAAAGAUGAGGAUGAACGUGAAGCCAGAGAAAUGGUCAAGAGGGAACAGGAUGAAGCUUAUCGUUUGUCUCUUGAGGCUGAUCGUAAAAAGAGAGAAGCGCAGGAGCGAGAGGAGGCGGAGCAAGUUCGUCAGGAGCGAAUCAAGAAGGAGCAGGAGGAGGAACGAGAGGCUAUCCGUCUCUCAUUGGAGCAGACACUGCCACCAGAGCCCAAAGAGGACGAUGGAGAGCCAAUCAGCAAGCUGCGUAUCCGGACGCCUAGUGGCGAGUUUUUGGAAAGGCGAUUCCUGGGCAACUGUAAACUCCAGGUCCUGUUCGAUUUCGUUGCCUCUAAGGGCUACCCAUCCGAUGAGUUCAAACUGCUCACCACCUUUCCACGCAGAAAUAUAACGCAGUUAGACCCAGCAUGGAAUCUGGUGGAGGCCAAACUCUUUCCUCAGGAGACCCUUUUCCUGGAGGCUAAAGAGUAGAACCCAUCCAGGAUGAGCGUGAAAAAGAAUAAGCAAAGAACUUUUAGCAUGAUGUCCACAGCGACCAGACACACACCCACACACACUAUCACACAUGUUGCAGUGUAUCUGAAUGCUGAGUGUACAUUUUAUGCACACUGAGGCCUUCACUAGCACAUGGAUAAACACUCACUCACAUAACUGCAGUGUAAUGUUUUUUGUCCACCCAAACGUAAGAUAACCGAAAAGAGAAGAAAAACAAAUCAUGCAAAUGUGUGGAAGUCUAAAACAGCCAGCCUCACAGACAAGGGCUUCUCACUAUGGCUGCUUUUUUAGACAUGUUUUGUGUUGAAAUGAAAGAAUAUCAAUAAAAAAAUAAACAACAAAUAAAUAGUCAAACAAAGAGACAUUUCCUGGAGAACGCUGGACCAUUUCCUAUCCCCAACACUCACCAAGAGUCCCUGAUUCUCAGCGUAGCCCUGGACAGCCCUUCAUCACUCAGAGCCAUGGCUUCUUCAUGACACCCAAAUUGAUCAUAUUUGGUUUUAAUCUCAACUGCAUUUGUUUAUUUUUCUCCUUUUUUUCCUUUUUAAGUUUGAUGCUGUAUUAGAUUUAGGUUGAUAUGCAUUAUAUAAAGAAUAUAUGAACACGCAUAUGUCUUCCUAUUCAAAUUGAAUUUUUUACUUUCAUGGGUGGGUGAUUUCUAUCAAAUCAUGGCAUCAUCAAAAAAGCUCAUGAACUCUUUGUAUUUAUGACAAGAGAAGAUGUUUCUACUGGACACCAUCCAUUUUAACAUGGAGCUGCUGACAAAUUAAUAUCAUAGGAGAGAAGGGAUGCCACACAAGUGGUUUCCUUUGGCUUGAUCUAAUACAAACCAAUCAGAUUAUUGUUCCAGUUUACUGGAAUCUUGACUGUCAUUGGUUGUGAGUUUUUUUUCCCCCAGCCUUUUGAUUCAAUUGUGAAAUUACAAAAUGGAAAUAGUACAAAUGUGAUCACUGAUGAUGCAAACCAGCUGUGGUUAAUGGUGUGAUUCACUAAGGAGUGUUUGUGCCCGUGGUUCAGAUACAAACUUUUAUCUGUUUACAUGAUUGGGACUAAACUGAAUAUUCCAUGAUCAUGUUGAGCAACUGUAUGAAUGCUACACUCCACUGCAGAGAUGUUGAAACGGAUAUAUUGAUGUGUCCGCUCGGAAAAACUGAUGGAUUUAUGAGAAAGAAUUGAUUUUCUUGUUUUUCACCAGAGCUUUUAGGACAUCUCUUAUCAGUAUUAUCUGCCAUCAUGACUACUUUUGCUCUGAAAUUAAAUGCUAUUUGUGCUCUCUGCAGCUCCACUCAUGUCUAAAGUUGUAAUGAGAAAAGAAAAAUGAGAGACUAUUCUCUUGUAUGGCAUUUAUUAAGCUUAAUUUUAUGGUGAAUGUAACAACUGAAGAUGGUUCUGAGUGGAUUUAGAUUAAUAUUUUGAAAGCUAAUGAAGUGCUUACCCUCCUGCCAAACUCUAAGUAGUUCACUUAAAAAGAGAAACGGAAUGUGUUUUAUUUACAUUUCAACCAUUUCCUCUUGCAGUGUCUUUAUAAAUGACCUUUUUUUUUACCUGAUAGAGGGAGAGGUCUUUCUAACCUGGGGGCUGUUUCAUUCAUGUGUUGCUUUGGCAUUUCUCGUCAAGUUCUCACGCAAGGAAUCUGAAUGUUUAAUAUGUGCAUCGAGUCAUACCUCCACUGCAGAUUAUAUGCCCUGAGAAAUGAUGAAUCAUUCUCUCCCUCUCCCACUCUCUUUGCUAAGAGUGAACUUAUUAACUCAAACAUUGUGGUGUUCUUCAUUUUAAACAAAGGACGAAACCCUCUAUUCAAAGUGACAACAACAAACAAAAUUUUAGCUUUCUUGUGAUUCUUUAGCGUUGGUCAGAUAACAAACCAUUUUAUGCGAUCAGCUCUGUAUGUGUUUGUCCAAGCCUCAAAAUGAGCAUUCACAAAAUGUAUAUGCUACUGUUUACUUUCUUAUACAGUUGACCCCAAAAGUAUUUGGACACAUUAGCCACUCUUGUUUUUGCAUUAUAUUACAAAAUAUCAAACCAAGUGCCAUUAAAAAAAUAAAAUAAAAUAGCACAAAUACACUUUGCAAGCAAUACAUUUAACAAAAAGUAAGUUAUGUGUUGUAAAUAUAUAUAUAUAUAUAGUUCAAUACUAAAACUAAGUAUUUGGACACUUUCUGAUUGUCAAACUUUUUGGAACGUAUCCAUAGUUAAUGUGAUGAACUAUGCCUACUCUGCAAAGACACCCAUGUAUGCUUGAGGGGAACUGACUUCCACUAAAAAUUACUUUUUUUUUUUUUUUUAAGUGAAUGCAAAAGAGUCUAGCAUCAUUUGCUUGCAGAUGCCACUUUGUUUGAUAUAUUGUAUCUAAUGCAAUCACAUUCUGAUAUGUGUGACUCAAGUGUCCUAAGUUGCCCAAGUUAUUUUUGGGAGCUACUGUGAAUGUGCCAUUCUCUGAAAUUUAAAAUGGGCUGAAAUAUUGAAUAAUGCAUGUACAUGUGCAUACUUGAGUUGAAUUUGUUUUAGAAUCUGAAGAUAGCUGCUGUCCUGGUAUCAUGUUAAAGGAAUACUCCGU